AGAAGUUGCAGGGUCGUACCUCUUCAUGCUCUCACUGAUUAUAACCGCUUUAUUCACUGAGGUCCACGAUGUAGGGAGUUUAUAUCACCUUUUUUACAAGUUCUUUAAUAACACUUUUAUGGUCACUUUAACCCUCAUUUUAAGAAAUUUCGCGGUUUGCUUGAAGUAUCGCUUCCUCAAAGUCAACUUAAAAUUAAUUGAGGGCCAAGUUAAGUACAUUAAAACAUAUUUAAGCCUUUUGGAGGCCACAGAACACUUCAACAAACUCUUCGAAUGGGAAUUAUUUAUUUUGGCGAUAAGAAACGUGACUUGGACGAUUUCAAUAGCUCAAAUAUUCAUUUAUGGGGUAAAAACUAACCGAUUAAUCAUCGGAAACAUCAUAUUAAACUGUAUAAGAGGAAGUUUGGGUUGGAUUAUGUUAUUUUUGGUUUCUUUAUCAUGUAGCGACCUAUCAAAAGAAGCAAAUAAAAUUUUAUUAAUUAAAAACGUUAAAACAUUCCCUUUUGGGGCAACUGAAAUUAAAAAAAUUAAUGUUUUAAAGAAAUUAAUUCAAGAUAAAGUGGAAAUUAACGCCGCCGGGUUUUUUAGGAUCGAUAAAAGCGGGUUAUUCGCUUUAACCGGGGUUGUAAUGGCUUAUAUCAUCGUUUUGAUCCAAUUAAAUAAAAUAGAUUUUUAAUUAAAUGGUGUGGGCAACCCAAAUUACACCUAAUUAAUUUCUUGA